ACCUCAAGUCAUUGAUACCCCCAAAACACGGUCGACCAAGCUGGAACGCUUCACUUCUUUCACUUUGAUAUUAGAACUUGAUCUACUGUCCAAUCCAAAUCACAUAAUCAUGGCGGAAGCAGCUGUUCAACGAGGACAACCUCCUCGAGUACGGAAUCAGGUUCAUGAUGAUGCGAUAUGGCGGCAAACGACAAACUAUGAACUGUCGACCGCAAAGAACUGGAACGAAAAUUGGGGAUUUAUGCGAGAGCUCUACAAGUAUCAGGAAGCCAACAGUAAAUCAAAUGUGAAACUACCUCCUCUGUCCAGCACCACUCCCCGCCCCUUUAUCUCUGGCCUACCUUCCAAACUCCCGCAAGGCCUAACAACAGAUCCUAAAUCGUACACGGCAGAUCUCCUCUGCAUCCAUGACGUGCCCCGUAUCAUCCGAACUCGCUACCCACGCCAAAAAUAUACAUACCCUGCCACAACCCAACAUGAAAUUGGAUGGGACUGGGAACGAGAUGAGGCGGAGGAAGCAGGGCUGGGAAUCGAAAAGGGUCUCAAGGCGGAUCAAUCGAAAACAGGAGACCCGAAUAAAAUGGUCCCAUGCGAAAAGUCUGGGUUGGAGUACAUUCAGAGGCGCUUGGUAGCAGAUGCGAAUCCUACACCAAUUAAAUUUAGAACACUGGAGAAGUUUGGACGUUUUGCUAGAGGCAAAGAAGAUGUAUUGAAGUGGUGGGGAGGGUCAAGGGAAUCUUUGCCUUGAUCGACGGUUCAAAGCUCAAUUGGUGGCAUUGGAGAGAGUGAUUCUGUGCAAUGGUUCGUAAAAAGUCAAUGACUUUGAUUUUUGGUACAUAUGCAACGCCGAAUAAACCAAAUGAAUUCCAAAC